AUGAUGACAGAGACGGCAACUAUCCGGAUUAUUACCCCUGAUAAAUUGAUGUCCAUUCCACGUGAUGUCCGAGACUCGGUUAGCUCAUGGGAUACCUUCCCUGAAAUAGAACUUACCAGCCCGCGGCAGACUUCACCCCCCAUCACCCGGCACCAAAGUGGCACCGGAUCUCAAGCUUCAUAUCCUCCAGAUUUUGCUCGCCGCCUUUCCAGCUUGAAUCAAAGCAUCAACGCGCUGCAGCGGGAACUCAGACAAGAAGGAAGGCCACGGCGGGCGGCACUUAGAGGCCCUGUUUUCUCCGAGAGUACCCCUGCUGUCGAUAUCCAGCUGCCAGAUCCAAUCUUGCUUACACCUACUACCCUAGGCAUCUCCGUUGAUGAGAAUCGCACUACCAGAAUACCUCUAGGGGUACCUGCACCCACAGCGGGAGAGACCUGUCUGUACAGGCUCCAUGAUCGGCCUGGAUUUUGCGACUGUCCUGGAUGCCGGCAUGUAUGGGGUACUGAGGACGGGGCUGACCGUGGGCUUAGGUGA